AAGAACGGUCAUAUGGGCGCCAAGUUAGUCCAUACAUCAAGGUCUCCGGCACAUCAACUAAUACACCAAAAACAGAAAGUUCUGGCGUGAGAACCUCCCCCGACUAAAAUACCAUAAUCCCUCAGUUCCUAUGAUUGUCAAUCGUCACAGCCGGAACAACAAGAAGCCUACAAUCUCUAUCUAUCUCCGCAAACCCGACGCUUCAACUCCCGCACCCGCUACUCGUUCCCAGCCCUCCUCAUCACGCAAUAACAUGUCCAAGGCCACACCGCCGGAUGCUGACGAGAAGAUCGUCACCGUCGAUAUGACUGAGAAACAUUCUUCUCACAUUCUUGAAUACGUACUUGCCGAGACCCGUGCUGUCCCCAUCAAACCCACCAAGGAGGAGAUUCGCGAAUUGCAGGAGUUGGACGCCAUGGCCAGACAAGCCGAGGUCGACCGAGCCCGUAUGAGGAGCCUGCGUGAGGAGAAGAAGCGUGAGGAGGAUAUGCUGAAGCGAGCCCGGGCUGCUGGCGGUGUUGCUGAGGAAGAGGAUUCGUAAAAAGGCUUGGAGUGAAAGAGACCAUAACGAUGCUGUACAAUAAAUGUGUAUUAACGAAUGCCACGUAUCUGGCAAGUGUACAAGUUGGAAAUUUACAAAGUCCCACUACCUUUUGCUUGGACUCUUAUGUUGAUCGAUACGUAAAUGGAUUGCUGGGCUGCCGUAC